UUUCCAGCCAGCGAUGUACCCGUUUGCAGUGAAAAAGAUGUCAACAUUAACGAAUGCAUACGCAAUGCUUACCAAGAAAUGAUACCAAGAGCCAAAAAUGGUAUACCCGAGCUAAAUAUACCACCUAUGGACCCGUUGGAAGUGGAAAAGACAAGUUAUGAAUUCACCAAUAAUAUUAUAAAAGGCAAAGUGGCACUACGUAAUCUCAAAAUAAGUGGUCUCAGUGAUACCAAAAUAAAUAAUGUAGAUUUUAGAAAGAAUGGUGACAACAUUAAAUUAGAGAUUAAGUCUAAAACCCCAAAAUUGUUCAUAGAAGGAAAAUAUAAGGCUGAGGUAAAGAUAAAUGAUGCUAUAAUGAAUUCGAAGGGGGUGUUUAAUUUGACCAUGACCGAUAUUGGCGUCAUUGCCUCACCUGAAGCUGAGCUAUACGAACGUAAUGGUCACAAAUAUAUGCGUCUAACAAAAUUUAAUAUUGAUCCCACUUUGGGUAAUAUGAAAUUCUUUGCCACUGGUCUAGUGCCAGAUCAAAUUUUAAAUGACGCCAUUUUAGAAUUUGUGAAUCAAAAUUGGCGCAAUGUCUAUAAAUCUCUUAUACCUGAAACUCGCUCCACUUGGGAACCUGAAUUCCUUAAAGUUAGCAAUGAAUACUUCUCUCAUUUACCAUUUGACUUGAUUCUAACUAAGGAUUAAUUUUAUAAUUUUCGUGAAUAAGUCUAUAUUUUAAAACUGGUAAACUGUUAAAAUAACUGUUAAUAUUAAACCAAAACUUUGUUAUUUUUUAAUAUAUGUAAAUAUAAUUGUUGUAAUAAAUAUUUGAAUGAUUAAAUAUAA